UGGUGAUCGGUUUAUUGUUAAAGCAUCAAAGCCGAAAAAAAAAAUGACACGAUCGUAAGUAAGUAAAAAAAGGAGUGGUCCAUCUUAUACAAACAAUUUUUACAACACUGCCUUGCUCCUGAAAAACAAGAUCAGCUUCAAAAUGUCGAACAACAGACGUGUGCUUCUCCUCUGUUCCCAGCUGCUCCUCACACUUGCAGCCCGUGCAGCAGGGAGCAAGACAGGCUCGAUUUCCCGUGCACCGCCUCCUCCCAGCCCUUUCGGCAAACAGAACCCUUGGAACAACACUGCUAUGGAGUAUCGCGCACUCGGCAGAAGCGGGCUCCGCGUCUCAGCGUUGUCCUACGGUGCGUGGCUCACCUUCACCGAAGAUGGUCAAGUCGGAGUAAACAAAGCCAAACAGAUCCUGAAGGAGUGCAUUCGACAGGGCAUCAACUUCUUCGACAAUGCAGAGAGCUACGGUAGCUUCCACGGUGAAUCAGAGAUUAUUAUGGGUGAAGCCCUUAAGCAAAUCUUUGAGGAAGGUCGUUCUAGUCGUUCAUCUUCUAGCAGUGAUACUCCCAGUGCAAACGCAAAGGCAAAGGAUGUUGACGUUGUCAACAUCCGUCGAGAAGAACUGGUGAUAUCAACCAAGCUGUUCAACGCGCGAGGAGAUGGCGUGAACAAUAAGGGUCUAUCCCGGAAGCAUCUCAUCGAAGGCAUGCGAGGGUCGUUGCAACGUUUAUGUUGGUUCUCAUUCUUGAUGUCUAUAAUCAGUUCAUUCUCAUUGAUGAGUCUAGAAGAAACUCGUAAUCAUCUGGAGCUUCAGUUGAUGAUUAAAAGUAGCAUCGGUUAGAAGGGUUACUAAGUACACGUUUUUUUCUCUUCUUCUCAAUUUUUAAUGAUUUAUUUUAAUACAAGUAGAACUUCCUCCAACAUCUAAUCUGCCUCCAACUGGACUACGUGGAUUUGGUCUAUGCACACCGAUUCGACCCUACCACUCCGCUUGAAGAGACCGUGAGAGCGUUUAAUUUCUUGAUAGACCAAGGGAUGGCUUUGUACUGGGGAACCUCCGAAUGGACCGCUGAAGAGAUCCGACGUGCACACCAAGUAGCAGAGAAAUUGAACUUACGUUGGAUCGAUCACGAUGUCUGUGGGUGUGCUGUUGGAACAAAUUUUAGAAUUGUUGUAGCAAUUAUAUUUUUUUCCGUGAAGAUACUAGAGUGUUACAUUUCCCGUUCCUACCUCUGAUAGAGUGUUACAUUGAUCAUCCACUCCCCCUCGUCCACCUCAUUUCCAGUCUCCCUCCAAGGCCCCUUAAUGGAGCAGCCUUCUUUGUGCGCGGCAACUAACGACCUCUAAUCCCGCUCCAAGGCCCUUUGA